AUGGAGAGGAAAGAAGAAGCUCAAGAUGAAGUGCACACCCACCACCUCCCUCUUCUCACUCCAUACAAAAUGGGAAACUUCCAACUUUCCCACAGAAUUGUUUUGGCCCCACUCACAAGGCAGAGAUCUUACAACAAUGUUCCACAGCCACAUGCUAUCCUAUAUUACUCCCAGAGAACCACCAAAGGAGGGCUUCUCAUAGCGGAAGCCACUGGUGUUUCUGCCACAGCUCAAGGGUAUCCGCAAACACCCGGCAUAUGGACAAAAGAACAAGUUGAAGCUUGGAAACCCAUUGUAGAUGCUGUUCAUGCCAAAGGUGGAAUCUUCUUUUGUCAGAUUUGGCAUGUAGGGAGAGUUUCUAAUCAAGGUUUUCAGCCAAAUGGACAGCCUCCUAUCUCUUGCACAGACAAGCCACUAACUCCUCAAGUUCGAGCCAAUGGUGUUGAUGUUGCAGAAUUUUCACCUCCACAACGAUUAAGUACCCAUGAAAUUCCUGGAGUUGUCAAUGACUUUAGAAUUGCUGCGAGGAAUGCUAUGGAAGCUGGCUUUGAUGGGGUUGAAAUCCACGGGGCUCAUGGUUACCUAAUAGACCAGUUUAUGAAAGAUCAAGUCAAUGACAGAACUGACGAGUAUGGAGGGUCUCUGGAGAACCGUUGUCGGUUUGCUCUAGAAAUUGUUGAAGCUAUCAGUAAUGAGAUAGGAGCAGAUAAAGUUGGCAUUAGGCUCUCUCCUUUUGCAAAUUACAGUGAAUCAGGAGAUUCAAAUCCUAAAGCCCUGGGUCUUUAUAUGGCUGAAUCAUUGAAUAAAUAUGGUAUUCUCUACUGCCACAUGGUUGAGCCAAGGAUGGUAACUGUUGGAGAAAAAAGCGACAGCCCCCACAGUCUUCUGCCCAUGAGAAAGGCAUUUAAUGGCACUUUCCUUGUCGCAGGGGGCUAUAAUAGGGAAGAUGGUAUCAAAGCUGUGGCUGAAAACCGUGCCGAUCUUGUUGUUUAUGGUCGUUUGUUCUUGGCCAACCCAGAUUUGCCAAAGAGAUUCGAGCUAAAUGCUCCUCUGAACAAGUACGAUAGAGAGACAUUUUACAUACCUGAUCCUGUUAUUGGCUACACUGAUUAUCCAUUUCUUGGAAGCACCAAUUAG